AUGCUUCGGUCUUCCCAAAAUCGAAAACAGAUCACUCAGCCGUUUGUAUGCUUUCGAUGUCUCGCAAAACACAACCGCAGUUGGUUCAGCACAACUGCUCGAGGCCUUCUUGGGGCAUCGCAGACCACAGCUUUACAAAUUGGAAGACCUGGAGGACUUUGGAGGCAGUUCCAUGCUGGUCGUGUAGCUCGUUCUUCGUUGGAAUCCCAGACAGAUACAUCUUUACCCUUUCAACCGCCACCGAUACCGAUCCGCGAGCGCCUGCGACAAUGGGAGAUAGAGAAUGCCUCAUCUCAUCACAACAUAGGCAUAUUGAAGGAUCAGCCUGCACCCGGGGAGGUUGGCAAUACUGUUCUAGGAGCUUGCUACGAUGACUUUGGCGGCGAAGUUCAAGCUAUAUCGAAUCUCGAUGAACAGCCUCAAGCUUUGGACUUGGAGAGUUUCGAUAUGGUCGAUGUUGGUGACUCGCGGAACUUCUUCUUACCUGGAGAUCUUGUUGAGCUUACUUCUGUUGGUAAUCGGCGACAGGAGUUGGCCAUCUACAUCCGGGACUUAGAUCAUCAGGCCCAAUUUUAUACUAUGUCCGGUCGCUGGAUAAUGCGAAGCUCGGCGAGAAUAAGUUUCUUCGUCCCUGGGUUUGUCCACCCCCGGGAACUCGAUGAGUUAAUUCCAUACCUACCUCGCGAGGCAGUUGACUCGACCAUGGAAGGCAGAUUACAAAGCUUCAAUGAAUCUGUUCCUAUCGGUAUCGGACACUCACUUGUAAGGAAAAUGAUCGAAUUCUGGAACAAAGCCGAUUCCACAUACCAAAGAGCUGCGAUGAAUCUGGACGGUGCACAUGAAAAGGUGGCAGAUACCUCAUAUUACAAGUAUUGCACACUUCAAGAAGUCGCUGCAAGAGUCCUCCCGAAGAGCGUGCCAAAGAAUGAGGAUGGGAAGUACGAGUGGCCGGUCCUCUAUGCUGUCCACCGUUCAAUUUUGAAAGACGAUAUUGGCUUCUCGGCACUGGCAUCUAGCACGGCCGUGAGGUCGACUCCGCAAUACGAGAUCAAUGGAUCCAGUGAAGUUGAAUGCAUUCGUCGAGUUGUUGGAUGGGUUCGAGAAUAUACGGAUACAUUACUUCGCCAAGAUGCAGCAGGAGAGAAGGCUCCUUCCGGAUAUUCAGAAGUCGUGAAUUUUGUGAAAACAGCUCAACGUCUCAUCGAUCUAAGCCGGGCCAAUCGCUCAUUUACCCCACACGGGGCAAUUGGACCUUCCCUGAUAACGCUGGAGCCAGACCAGAAUUUUAGAACUGGAACGUCUAGAGAACGCUUCACAGUUACUGAUAUGUUCUUCGUAAGGUUUCUAGAGUCUUGGGCGUGCUUGCGAAGCUUUCCGCCAUCAUCUUCAUUGCAUGGAGUAGGAUCUGCUAUUCUGCGAAUGAUUGACCGUUAUCCAGAUGUGAAGUUAAAUGUAGCGACGGCAUGGACCUGCCUGCUGGAACUUGGAGCCCUGCCCCCAUGGGAAGGAAGAUCAACCUUCGACCUCAGACUUCCUUACGCAGGAAGACAAGACGCAAUUAUGCAUCGUUUGCACCCGCCAGUGUCCCUUGCUGGAGGUUUGACGGAAGAUAAGCUAGCUGCUAUGCGGCAAGAUUGGGGUACCACGCCCAUUUAUUGUGUUGACGAUGCAGAUGCACUCGAAAUUGACGAUGGCUUCUCUUUGGAGCGGACAGAUGAAUCAGGCACUUACUGGGUCCACGUUCAUGUUGCCGAUCCUGCAGCUCACCUUGAUCCCCGGGGCCAGCUGAGUCAAUUUGCUGAGAGGGUGGCCGAAACCGUAUAUUUGCCCGACCGAGUUGUGCCUAUGUUACCACCGGCCUAUACUCAGAAGCACUUCAGUCUUGCUCACGGGAGACCCUGCUUGACGUUCAGCACCAAGAUAAACCUACAAGGUGAAUUGCUUGACAGUAAGAUCACGCCUGGCACUGUUCGGAAUGUCAAGUAUCUGACAAAAGACACCUUUCGAGAAAUCACAAUGGGACACGAUCCACUUGAAUAUGACAUGUAUGUCGUGGGAAACGCCAAGGCUAAACCUAAGGCGACUCGACGAUUACUCCGAAGCGAUGAGGUAUCUGGAGAGGAGCGAGAGAACAUGAGAAUUCUCCAGACCAUUGGCGAAGCUCGGAAAGAAGUGUUACGAGCUAGAGGCGGCAUCAGUAAGGGAAAUCCCCGGCCACUAAUACACAUGUCUUUCAACGGAUUUCCCUGGACCAAACCGAAAAAUCUUACCGACAGCCUCCACUUCUUCGGCGAUCCAACAAUCCGUGUCGGAAUACAGAAGUCCACUGGAAGCUUGGUAGCUAGUGAUGAGAUAGAUACUGUGGGCAAUCUCAUGAUCUUGACUGGCGAGGUGGCUGCAAGAUGGUGCAGUGAGCGUAGCAUUCCAAUACCAUAUCGGAUUACUCCUCGCAUCCCAUACAAGCAAAACCCCACGGAGUACUACGUACAGACUCUGCGGCCCGCAGAAGAGCAGGGAGUACUUACUACCGAGAUUAUGCGUAAUUACUUCACACUUAUUGGGAAAGUACAGCCAUCGACAAUCCCUGGCCCUCAUGUCGCCCUUGGUCUGGACAUGUUUGCUAGGGUUACCAGUCCUCUUCGCAGAUUCGGCGACCUUCUUGCUCAUUGGCAGAUCGAGGCUGCACUAUUAGAAGAAGCCAGAACUGGCCAGUCACUUGUUGGGAAAUCAAACGCCGAGUAUUUGCCAUUCUCUCAAGCUCAGCUCGAUGAAAUGCUUCCACACAUGGCAGGCCGAGAGAGACUCAUUGCUAAGAGGGCGGCUGAGGCACAACGGAGGACGCUACUUCAGUUCGUCCUUCGAUCUUGGAAAUUUGGCGAAGCCAAACUACCUGAUCCUUUGGAAUUUACUGUACGAAGUAUAAACCCCGACACUCGGGUUGCUGGAGGAUUGAUUUCGAAAUUACUUCUUGGCGGGCAAAUGAGCAUACCGUCCAGCAUUGAGCCAGAAGACCUCGAAGUUGGGGAUAGGUUCGAGGUGGAAAUAAUGGAAAUCAAUCUUGUCACGAACCAGAUAGACUUUAGAUGCGUUCAGCAAAUAGAACCAGAGGCCGGAAGUGGUUGCUAA